AUGGCCGAUUAUCUCCUCUUCGAGAGCCCUAUGGGCUACUCGCUUUUCAAGGUGUCCCUCCAGGGUGACGCUGUGGGCAACCGCCUGAAAGAAGUCCAGGCCGGUGUUAACGACCUUGCUAAGUUUGGCAAAAUGAUUGACCUUGCCAGUUUCCUGCCCUUCGAAAACAACAAGCAGGCUCUCGGUGAGAUCAACGACGUUUCGGAAGGUGUCGCAUCUGAGGCUCUUGUUUCAUUCCUUGAUCUGAACCUCCCCAAGCCCAGUAAAAAGAAGAAGGUUGUCCUCGGUCUUUGCGACAAGGGUCUCGCCGGCAGCAUCAAGUCCGCUUUCUCCUUCGUGGAUUGCGAGACUGGCGACACUAGUGAGGUCGUUCAGGAUCUCCUUCGUGGUAUCCGCCUGCACUUCACCAAGCUGCUGAGCCAGCUUCGCGAGGGUGACCUGGACACCGCUCAGCUGGGUCUUGGUCAUGCUUACUCCCGUGCCAAGGUCAAGUUCUCUGUCCAGCGUGACGACAACCACAUCAUCCAGGCCAUUGCUAUCCUGGACCAGCUUGACAAGGCCAUUAAUACCUUCUCCAUGCGUGUUCGCGAAUGGUACUCGUGGCACUUCCCCGAGCUGGUCAAGAUUGCCUCCGACAACCAGCGCUAUGCCCAGAUUGCCCUCUUUGUGAAGGACAAGAAGAGCCUGAACGACGACAGCCUGCACGACCUGGCUGCCCUUGUGGAGGACGACAAGGGUGUUGCCCAGAGCAUCAUUGAUGCCUCCAAGCACAGUAUGGGCCAGGAGAUCUCUGAAGCCGACAUGGAGAACGUCAUUGCUUUCGCCGAGCGCGUUGUUAGCCUCGCCAAGUACCGCAAGUCCCUUUACCAGUACCUGGUGGCCAAGAUGAGUGUCGUUGCUCCCAACCUUGCCGCGCUGAUCGGUGAGGUCGUUGGCGCUCGCCUGAUCUCCCACGCUGGCAGCUUGACCAACCUGUCCAAGUACCCCGCCUCCACUGUCCAGAUUCUCGGUGCUGAGAAGGCUCUGUUCCGUGCCUUGAAGACUAAGGGCAACACCCCUAAGUAUGGUCUUCUCUACCAUUCUUCCUUCAUUGGCCGUGCUGGUCCCAAGAACAAGGGCCGCAUCUCCCGCUUCCUGGCCAACAAGUGCUCCAUCGCUUCUCGUAUCGAUAACUUCUCUGAGACCCCCACCACCAAGUUUGGUGAGGCUCUGAAGCAGCAGGUUGAGGAGCGCCUGGAGUUCUACUCCACCGGCGCUGCCCCCACUAAGAACGAGGUCGCCAUGAAAUCCGCCAUGGACGCCGUGCUGGCUAGUAUUGACGUCAACGUUGAUGAGAGCGACGCCGAGAUGGAGGAUGCUGAUGCCGCCGAGACCAAGAAGGAGAAGAAGGACAAGAAAGAGAAGAAGGAGAAGAAGGAGAAGAGCGACAAGAGCGACAAGAAGAAGAAGCGCAAGUCUGACGUCGGUGAGGGCGAGUCCGAGAAGAAGAAGAAGCGCAAGCACGACACCGAUGCUGAGCCUUCGAAGAAGAAGCAAAAGGCGUAA